ACUCUCACUUCUGAUGGGAUACUGAUUUAUCAGCUGGGGACGGCUGGUAUAAGAAAUGUAAAUGCUGUAAACAGUAGGUCAGGCAGCAUCUGCGGAGAAAACAACUGAAUAAACAUUUCUGGUUGAGGCAGAAGAGAUUAGUUUCACUUCCCUUCAUAUUUGGCACAGAAUUCGUGGGCCAAAGGGCUUGUUCCUGUGCUGUGUACUGUUCUACACUGGUGACCUUUCUGUUGAAAGAUUCUGGAUGUGAAACAUGAACUAUGUUUCUUUCUCCGCAGAUGCUGCCUGGGUACUGCCACCAUUCCUUUGCAAAGAAGGCUGGCAGAUGUAAUUUGCAGUGGGUUUUCUUGGCUGUGUUCAAUCUGAUGCUAUGAAAAUAAUAGGGUUCAAAUUCUGACCUGUGACCUACCAUUCUGUUGCUGUAUCCAGUGAGUCUGUCCUGACAGUGGGCCAGAAUAUAACUAUUCAGUGCGAUGAUCCUGAAUCCUGACCCAAAAGGGUUUUUGUUUCGACAGAUGCUGCCUAACUUGCUGGGAUUUUUCCAGCAUUUUCUGAAUUUAUUACAGUAGUUUUCAUGCUGGGACAUUCAUUAUCAGGUACUUAGUUGAGUAUUAUUGGAGUUAGAUUAUGAUCUGAUCAGAUGUUGACUGAGUUUUGCAAGUUAUAUGGGCAUUGUUGUGUGAAGCCUUGUCUCAUCAUUAUAAAUCAAUGCGAUAAUAUUCAAAUUGGAGAAAAUGGUAAUCAUUCUCUUUGCAUGGAUUAUCAUCUUGGUAUAAUCUUGAUCAUGGAUUCAACCUUGAAAAGUUCAGCACAAUCUUUUCUCAUUCCCUGAUUAAGAGAUAUCUAAUCAUAAACUAUUAUAAACAACUUUCUCCUCUGGUGCAGUGGAAAUUUCCACUCCCCUCCCCUUGCAAGGGAGAGUUGUAGACUGUUCCACAGUUCGUACUCUGAUUGGAGCCUUGCUUGCAGGCCUGUCUGAGCUCCAGUGAGUACACUGAUCCCUUUGUAUGUAUGAGAGCUCGCUGUCAGCUGUGGUCAAUGUCUCCCACCGUUACUCGCGGAUACAGCGGAGAAGAAGAAACUUAAACACUUCAUUUUGUGUUUCUCAGCUAGUAUUUGGUGCUUUAGUGAGGCUAUAGUUUAAUUAUUUUUAAAAAUUAUAGUUUAAUGCUAUUUAAAGGAGACCAGCACUUACAGAGAGGCUGAAACCGCCAUUGGAAAUGGACCCUCUACAGAAUUCCCGCAGCCCCUCCCCAAACCUGGACGCUAUUGAGACCUCCGUGGAAGAAGAUAGCUUCGAAUCACGUCCGCGUGGAAGAGAUGUGAAGUUAACUGACUCGCUGAACUCCGACGACUUCAAGAAGUUUCACCGUGGAUCCACAAUUAAAAAGUACAACUCUCAGUAUCACAAACUCUUCAAGGAUGUCCCUGAGCAGGAGACGUUGAGGAAAGUCUAUUCCUGUGCUCUCCAGAAAGACAUCUUAAUCCAGGGUCGUCUCUACAUCUCCAGCAACUGGGUGUGCUUCCACGCUAACUUCUUCGGAAAAGACAUCAAGGUCAUGGCUUCAAUCACGUCAGUCGUGUUGGUCAAGAAGCAUCGGACAGGAGGGCUGCUUCCGAAUGGACUUGUGAUCAGGACAAGUGCAAAUGAGAAGUACAUCUUCGUCUCCUUCAUCUCGAGAGACAGCGUCUACGACGUGUUGAAGCAGGUCUGCUCACAUUUACAGGAUAACAGUAAGAAGAGCUUGAGUGUGGGCCUGGGUGUGGACACAUUGGAUUCCCUUCCCUCAGAAGGCUGUAGGUUGCAUUUGGACUGGAAAAGAAAACUAUCUAACGGCUCCUCAUCCUCACAGCCAGAAACAGAACACCAGUCCCUGUUGGGAAACUCCACCAGCAGCCUGAGUGCUCCAGAGAUAGAGAGCUCCAGUUGCAGCAGUCAGACCUUCAGAGAAAGACUGGUGAAGAAAGAAAAAAUACUUGAAUUAGAUUCAGUUGAAGGCAUCAGCACAGUGGAAUAUCGAAUCCUCAGGAUAUUAAUUAUUAUAGUCAUUAUCCUUUUGGCAUCCUCCAUUUACAUGACGUUCCGAGUUUUCUCCCUGGAGCAGCAACUGGGACUCCUGGACGCAGCCUCUCAGUCACACACCAACAAGAGGUAAAGUAGGUUCCUGAGGCUUUGUUAAAGCUGUUGGCUCACAGUAGCUCAGCCAUGGACCAGGCAACACAGAGACUCCAAUACCUCUUGAACUCACUGGAUGGGACUGUAAUUGGAAGAAGCCAUCUACUGCCUGUAAAAGACUAAGACCAGCUAACUUCUCCAGCGUACUGUGAUAUUACCACAACACCAAGCUUUCGAUAAGUUGGAGCACUUCCACAAAACCCAAUAAGUAGCCUAAUUUUUAAUUUAUUUGUUGAAUAAAAUUCUACGGAUCUUUCAAUCUGGGAUAUAGCGGUCCAUCAAAGGGGUAAAGUAUUUCGGAGCUCGUUUCUGCUGUUCAGGUGCCAGAUUAUCCAGCAUUGGCUAGCAAUAGACUUGAGAGUUUUACUUGAAUUGGGUAUCGGUGCCGGUUAAUAGGGGGUCUGUGACUCCGUUCGCUGUGCGAAGGAAAAUCCAGCCCUCUCACGCAACAGAAGGCCCUCCACGGGACUAGGACACCGUAUCCCAGGACAAACAUCUGCUCUCAAAAGGUGGAAGUACCCUGUUCCACAAUGAAUCGUUCCACCGACCUAGCCCUGACACUGCCUCAAUUUGUUUCAGGUCUUUGCUUUUCUAAAUAUUGAUUGUCUGUUAUUGUGCGCUCAACGUGUUGAGAAAGAAGCAUUUGCGGCUGUUUACAUUGUGAAAGGACCCGCCUUUGCAUUUUAUAUAAACUGUGCUGAAUGAUACAAUCCAGCAACAUCUGUUCCUGGUGUGGGGACCGUGAAGAAACCGCCAUCUCAGAGAGUAGCCAUUAGGAGGGCAGUGGUCAGAGAGAGGGAAGUCAGUACGGGUAAUGGAUUGAGUGGGGAGCGGUCAUCAGAGGAUGAGGGUGGGGAUGGUCAACGUGGGUGGUCAACAGGGAGUGGUUGAAUAUAACGGUGGGAAAACCAUCAGUGGAGAGAAGCAAGCGAGGUUGUAAUUGAAGGACAGUGACCAUGAGGAGGGCAGUCGGUGCGGGUUGUAGAUGGAGUGGGGAACAGUCGACAGAGGGGGGUGGGGGUGCGUCAGGGUGGGUAGUCAACAGGGGGUGGUUGAAUAUAAUGGACCAUCAGUAGAGAGAAACAAGUAUGGAGAGACCACCAAUGGAGCACAUGGAAAGAGAAUCCACCAGAGAUGGCAUUGGAGGGAAGACGAUUGAUGGAGGAAAGGAACAAGAGCUGGAGACAGUGGAGGAGGACAGUCAGUGAAGGGAGUGUCGUUGAUUGUGGACUGUGGAGGGAAAUUUGGGGAGUAGUCCGAGCAAAGAAGAAGCUUGCUUCAAGGUGUGGUGGGUGCACACACGGCUGUGUUGGGAGGGCCGCUGUGGGAACAUGUGAUCAUGGAGUGAUUGAGCAUUGAGAUGUGAAUGCUGAGCAGAAGGGAAGAUGCAGCCCUGUGCUAGUGCUUGUGAAAAGGCAAUAGAAUUUGUUGAGAAGCCCAGGGAGAUGGUUGGCAGUUUUGAUGUACAGGAUGCAAUCUGUGAUGGUCAGAUCCCACAAGCUGUAACCAGGGUCUGGGCCCGAAAUGGAGCGAUCGUUACGUGGGUCCCACUCACGCCGGCUGCACUCUUGCUUGCUCAGCAGAAAUGCUUGUCUGUUUUUUUUCAUUAUUCAGUUUAAUAAAUGUUUAACAA